AUGUCGAUGCAGCAGCGCAAGGAUGAGAUUCUCGCCAAGCGGGCUAAGCUUGCCGAGCUGAAAAAGCAGCGCGAGCUACGCCAGAAAGAAUUCACCUCUCGGACUAGCGUCGGGGAUGCCUCAGAGAUCGUUUCCCCAGCACCCAGUCACCCAGGUAAUAGACACGAGCUCGAUGACCUGAUCGCUCGCCUGGUCGACCGCCCAGCGUCGGCCUCUCUCAGCCAAGGUGCCGAUGGCCUGUCGCGAAGAGGAAGCCGGCCAACAUCUGUCUUAAGCGCCAGCCAAUUGAGUGGAGAGAAUGCCGACGCAUAUAACUCUCCAUCGCGACCCCAGUCCCAGUCCAUUGCCGUCCAAACAAUGGGCGAUGAGACCUACACCUCCGCAUUAGAAACCCCGCAGGCCCCUGAAUAUGAACCCGACUCCAAACCUAAGCCCGAGGUCGUCACCUACAGCAAAGCAGUGCAAACAGAUGGAUUGGACUUCCAACCUGAGACACCUGAGGGAUCUGUUGCUUCAGACGAUGAGGAUGUUCCUGGUACCACCCGGUCUAGCAAACGUCUUAGUCGACGAGAACGGGAACGUGACGAGGAAAUCCUACAGAAACUCCGCAAGGAAAUUGAAGAGGAGCUGCGCGCUACCAAUCAAAACGAUGGUAACGACAACUCAGCUACGCAAGCACGGCUACGGUAUCCUCUACGCACACUCGAUGACGAUGAGCUGAAGGCAGUCACGUCGUCAGAUGAUUUCCUGGACUUUGUGGAACGGUCUUCGAAGGUUAUUGAGAGGGCUUUGGACGAGGACUAUGAUGUGCUAGCAGACUAUGAGCUAGGCGGAAUUGACGGGGACCUACAAGAAGAUGAGGAGACUGGCAAAAAGAAGAGAAGCAUACAGGAAGUGUGCCACUUCUGGGAUGAGCGAUGGAGCAAGAAUCGCAUAAUCAGUGAUUUAGGUUUUUCGCCGAAGUUCCCCGAAUUGUUGCUUGCAUCAUACACCAAAAAUACUUCUGCUCCUCACGAACCUGAUGGCCUGGUCCAGAUCUGGAAUCAACACUUGCAAUCUCGUCCGGAAUAUGUGUUCCACUCCACUUCUGAUAUUCUCACAGCGAAAUUCUCUCCCUACCAUCCAAACCUUGUUGUUGGCGGUUCCUAUUCAGGACAAGUGCUCGUGUGGGACACAAGAUCCUCGCGCGCAGGUGGAGGCUCCCCCGUACAAAAGACCCCUCUGACUGGCACUGGACACGCCCAUCCGGUCUACAGUAUCUCGAUCGUCGGUACACAAAAUGCGCACAACAUCAUGACUGCCUCCACAGACGGUGUGGUCUGCGGUUGGACAAUGGAUAUGCUUUCUCACCCACAGGAUCGAGUGGAACUGACUACACCACCUCCCUCCAAGACAGAGGAUCUUGCCCCUACCACCAUGUCAUUCCCUCACACCGACCCUACCUUCUUCAUUGUUGGAACCGAAGAAGGUGUCAUUUACCCCUGCCAUCGGUACGACCGAGCCGGUGCCAAGGGCGGCACAGACCAUCGCCUAGCCUACAAGGGCCACACGGCACCAAUCAUGUCCACCGCGUUCCACCCCGGCCGUGGACCAGUGGACCUAGGAGAUCUCAUGCUGAGCUCCAGUCUAGACUGGAGCGUUAAGCUCUGGCGCGUUCGGCCACCGGCGACAACUGCUUCUGCUACAUCUGUCUCGGCCCCACAGGUCGUUGCGCCCAUUCUCGACAUUACUCGUGACGACGUGGUCUACGAUGCACGCUGGCACCCAACUAAGCCCGGCGUGUUCUCUCUCGUCGACGGUGCUGGUAAUGUCGAAGUCUGGGAUCUGGCGUCAGAUACCGAGGUGCCGGUUGCACGUGAAGUCGCCGAUAACACCCACGGCAACCUUAUGUCUCGGAGCCUUAACAAGGUUGCAUGGGAUGAGCGGGAAGGACGCCGCCUGGCAACUGGUGGACUUAAUGGUGUCGUUACUGUCUAUGAGGUUGGCAAAGGUCUCUGCGGACUGCCCGAGGAAGUCCCCGCGGAGGAGUGGACGGGUAUGAAGCGACUUGUGGGAAAGCUGGAACAGAAGGACAAGGAUCGGGUAGCUUGA